AUUUCAGAGAACACAAAGAGUAGAAGGGAGACAAUGUCAAAAUUUCUGAGAACAUCCCUAGAGUCAGAAAAGAAGCAAACAAUAGCUACAGAGGAGUGUAUUUACAUAUUACUACCUAAACCUAUGGAUCACUUAUUUCACCCCAUGGGGAGGGUUAGUACUUGGCCAUCAAUUAAAUUUUUUUUGGAAUCAGGAAACUGAAGUUCUGUGGGGGAUUUACGGUGACUUAACUUAACACAGAUCAUCAGUCUACUGUAGACUGUGCUGCUUCCACUGUCAUGUGGAAUAUAUAUAAAGAAUGAAUAAAGAUUAUACAUCACAACAAAAGACCAAUUAAAUGUACUACAUGUACAGCUUCUUUUAGCUACACUGGCAGUUAUUCCUCAAACUCAAUGUCAAGACUAUAAUAUCACAAUUUUAUCGGAGAGGGAUUUCCACUGGCACUGUUUUAAUGGAAUGCUGUCAUGGACUAUUUAAAUGGAUUUUCUUAAAAAAUACAGUGUUCAGUAAUCUGUAAUUAUAACAUUCUGUAACUAUUACUGAAAAACUCUACCAGAGGACUACCUAUGGUAAUGUUGGUAUAAUUUGCAUUAUUAUUCAUUCAAAAUAUUGCCCUGUUUCUGAUAGGUUAAAACCACUUGCAUAUUUCAUCAUAACCAGCUGCUGUUGACCAAAUUUGGAAAAAAUUUUCUCAUAAUUAUUGAACCAAUGACAUCAAAAGUAGCUGGCUCCAGGUUAUUGAACUGUUGACCAAGAAAACCUGGGGAUGAGGUUGUGUAAUUUUUUAAAUGAAUAAAUAAUAAAGCAAUUAUUCUUUCUUUCUUGUUGUGUAAUCAGACUGCUGGGCUACUUCAGCCUAUUGAUGAGACACUGGUUAAAAAAAUUCAUGAGCUUGUUGGAAGUGGUGUUAAUUGUGUUUCUGAAAUGCAACAGAACCUGCAUCAUUAUGUAAAGAAGGAACUUUUCACAGGCCAACAGCCUCCAGAUCUAACCAACAGACGGUUCUUCCCAACAACCAUGGAUGUCAGGAACCACAUGUAUUGUGCCACAGUGGUAUGCAGACAUUCACAAAUUGAUCAAGAAAACCUUGACUUAAAAAUCAAUAAGUGGAAAGAAGUAAGCCCAGAUGAUAAUUUCUUUUUCAGG